UCGUUCUGUUUUUCUUUAUAAGACAUUUCUCUAUUUAUAUCCAGUACGUGAACAAUUGUGGAAUAAACGGAACAAUAGUGGAACUGUUAGAUUCUCCUGAACAAUGAAUGCGAUUAUCUACAUAUCGAAUCGACAGAGAAAUGAAAUUUUAAUCACAUCGAUAACGAAUAAUUAAAAAUUCUCAAACGUUAAAGGGUAAUAAAAUUGUUGGUGAAUUAGAGAUAGAGAAGAGGAAGAAGAAGAAAAAAAAAAGGAAAUAUCACAAGGACGGAACAAAAAUAACAGUUGGAUUGGCAUACUCGUAGUCGCUAGUUUAUUCGUUUAUCUCAAAGAAAGUAUGUAUUUACUAUAAUGAUCUAAGCAAUGUGAGGAAGAAGAAGAACAAGAAGAACAAGAAGAAGAAGAAGAAGAAGAAAAAGUAAAAUAAAAAGAAGAAGCACGAUCUCGACGAGGCCGAGAACUCGAACACAAACCACGAAGGAGAGUACAAACUCGGCCAAUAUCUCGGUCAAGAUAUCAUCAAAUCCACGAGAUGUCAGAAAACAAAAGUCAUGUUGUUCUAGAGAGAGAAGAAUUUUUAGAAGAAAGACGUAUCGGAAGAUAUCUCCGAGCUAUUGCCAGAGAUAAAUCAUUGCACGAUCCAAGUUAUCAAGUAACUCGGGCAGUCAAUUCUGGUAACAAUUUUGUCAGCGAUGUUUAUCGCGUAAUAAUAGAAGGUGCAAAGAAUAGACAAAUGGAGAGUAUCCAUUUGAUCGUAAAAUGUGCUCCUAUUGAUUUACGAAGGGAUUUCAUCAAAGCUAGGAAGAUGUUCCUUCAGGAGAUUUAUUUUUACAAGGAAAUUUUACCUAUUUUCAACAAUUUUCUACGUAAUUACAAUAUGUCCAUUGACAAUAUUCCUUUAAUGUACAAAUACUCGGACACUGAUAAAAACGAGAUAUUAGUAUUAGAAGACUUGAAAGUAAAAAAUUAUAUUAUGAAAGAAACAAAGUUUCUUGAUUAUCCACAUGCUCGAUUGGCUCUACGUUCUCUCGGAAAAUUUCACGCAUACAGCUUUGCAAUUCGAGCUAAGGAUCCUGAAGCUUUCAACAUAUUAAAGUUGAUAAAUGAACCCUUAUUUUAUCGUGAAAGUAGUAGAGUUAUCAAUCAAGAUAUGUAUGCUCGUACGAAAGCAUUGUGCGAUAUUGUUGAAAAGUCUCUAGAAAACGAAGACGAACAUUAUCAAGAAAAAUUCCGUAUAUUUGCUAAAAACAUAUUUAAUAUUAUGAUUGAAAUAGUUCAGGGAUCUAACGCUGAACCUUAUGCCGCUGUAAAUCAUGGUGAUGCUUGGACAAAUAAUUUUUUGUUUAAAUACAAGGAGAACGAAAGAACUUACGAACCGGAGGAUCUUUGCUUCCUCGACUUUCAAAUCUGUCGUUACGCAUCGCCUGUCUUGGACAUAUGCUAUACGUUAUUUUGUUCCACCCUAUACGAGAUUAGAAACGAAAAUUACGACGAACUACUUCGAAAUUAUUACGAUUCCUUUUCUAAAUGUCUUGAAAGCUUAGAUUGUAAUCCUAGAGAAUUAUUUCCUUAUGAAAUAUUAUUGGAACAUAUCGAACGUUUUGGCAAAUUUGCCGCUGUAAUGGCCAUACACGUUUUACAUCUUUUCACGGAUCAAGAUGAGAAUAUUACUUCGAGUGUCGACGUUAAUGUCUAUUAUACAAAAUUGAAAGAGAAUAAUUUUUAUAGGAACACGUUGACACAUACAUUUAAAGAGUUCAUAGAUAGGAAUAUUAUAUAGAAUUAUUUUAUGCUCGUACAAUGACGUUGAUAAAGAAAUCGAUGUUUUUAUUUUUUUUAGACAUGUAAUCAUGGUGAAUAAUUAUAUUGAUUUUUAUUAUAUAUAUAUAUAUAUAUGAGAUUUUAAUAUUUUCUCAAUGAAUUAUUGUAAAGUAUGUUUUUAAAAAAUAGAGAUCCUGAAAUACAUUGACGUUGUAUAAUACAAAAUAAAUUAUAAUUAAU